AUGCUUGGUUUUGGAGGAACAACAACAAAAGAGGGGCGAAUAACGCACAUCUGGUCUGAGGCUGGGGCUUUUUCAGGGUCUGAGGAAGAAGCAAGUUUGAGGGCAGAUAGGUGGAUAUUGGAAUUGGCUGCUCAGCAGGAGGAAUCUGUGAUUUGCUGUUGCAGGGAGGGAAAAUGCUUGGCCCAAAGACUGAACAGAAAAUCUUUAUGUGACGUGUCUGUCAAUGCCAUUGUUGAUAAUAUUUAUUCUCUUGUUGUUUCUUUGACUCUUGUAAUUUUGUUUCUUUUGAAGAACCUUGUUUGA